AGCAUCGCUUAGUCAUCGCUGUUCGUUUGACGCGCACACGAAAUACUGGAAUUGCUGGCGUCUGGUCACACUGCACCGAUUGCACCCAGUGUCAUGUGCGUGCAUGUGUGUGCGUGUGUGUGUGAGUGUUAGUGUGUCGUAUGAAUUGUGGCGACCAAGUGAACAAAUAAAAAUAAAUAAAUAAAUGCACAUUGCGACCGACGUUGCGUGUGUGCAGACGCCAGAUGGUGCAGUUGGAUGACCCCAGCAGAUGACCCCAACAACGAGUGUCCCCGCUCGAACCGCAUUCAACAUUCGACAUUCGAAAUCAAAAACCCAAAGACAACAAAAACACCAGCCGCAGCGACAGCGGCAGCAGCAGCAGCAACAACAACAACAGCAGCAGCAACGGCGAUCGCUCGCACACACACGCACACACAGGUAGUAAUCCGAACGACAGCAGCGAAAUAACGGUAAAGCUAGCGCCCCAGACAGGAAGUGGUGAAUAAUUGAAUAUUCCAGCGACGUACAGACUAACUAAUGGCCACGGGCGGCGGCGGCGGCGGCCACGGAGGCAGCGGCGGCGGUGGAUUGGGUGGACCGGGAUCCGCCGGAAGUGCUGACCACCACAAGCGCAACACCUUCACCAGCUAUGUGGCACCGCUACCGGGAGAUUUGCGCGCCACAGCGGACACAAACGAAUGGUGCCUGCCCAGCGAUCUGAGGGACGUCCAUCUGGCCAAGCCGCGUCUGCUGCAGGGCGAACAGAUAGUGGCCUCGGCGCCGGCCUACAUGUACUCACCCAUCGAUCCGAUGGACAGCAGUGGUGGCAGUGGCUCCACGCUCACAGCCACAACGUCUGCGUCGGGCACACCAGCGGAUUAUCAUCAUAGGGAGGCCACCUUCGGACUGCUUAGUGUCACCAAUUUCAAGCUGGCCUUUGUUCCGCUGCAUGCGAAGCGUAAUCAUGCCAGCACAGCACCACUGGUGGAUCUCUACCAGGAGAACGCCUAUGUGGGCCGGAAUGAGAUCACGCUGAACAACAUCGAUCAUAUCUACACCAUUGCCGAGCUGGGACGGGCUGCCAGUGCGCUGCAGGCGGCGCGCGGCAUGGCCAGCCAUGCGGGAAUCAGCAGGCGCAAGAAACUGGAGCCCUUCAAGCAGCAGAACAUAAGCGGUCGCAUUGCCGCGCUGCACAUUGUGUGCAAGAACUUUCGCCUGUUGAAGUUCGCCUUCCAGCAGCAGGACUCGAAGAUGUUCGGUGCCAGUGAUCAGGGCAAACUGAUUGCCUCCGCAUUGGUGCGUUUCGCCUAUCCCAUGCGGCAUGACCUGAGCUUCGCCUAUGCGCACCGUGAGCCGUACUAUUCGACGCUGGGCGCAUCGGGAACUAGUAUGUAUGCGACGAAGAAUGAUUGGGCCAGGGAGCUGAUACGUUGCGGCGCCACCGAGUGGCAGGUGGUGAGCAGUGCCAGUGUUCAGCUGCUGCAGAAUCCCCUCCAGGCGGGCAAGUACACUGUGCCGCCGCAUUUCGUCAUACCGAAGAGCUGCAGCGUGGAUCGUUUCCUGGAUCUGUCGCGCGCCUUCUGCGAUUCACGAGCUGCCUUCUGGGUGUACAGCUAUGGCAGCAGCGCUGCCCUGGUCAGAUUAGCUGAACUGCAGCCGGCUGCGCAGCAGGACACCAAAUCGGAGAAUGUAAUGCUGGAGCUGGUGCGCAAAUGUGAUGCGGGACGGCAGCUGAAGCUGCUGCAGCUAACGGAUCGAUUGCCGAGCAUUCAGGAUGUGCUGCGUGCCUAUCAGAAGCUGAGGCGCCUGUGCACGCCGGAAACGCCGGAGAAGUUCAUGCUGCAGGAUGACAAGUACCUGGGUUUACUCGAAAAGACCAACUGGCUGUUCUAUGUGUCGUUGUGCCUACGCUACGCUAGUGAAGCGGCUGCCACGCUGCGCAGCGCCGUUACCUGUGUCCUCCAGGAGUCCAAUGGCCGUGAUCUGUGCUGUGUGAUCAGCAGUCUAACGCAAUUGCUGCUCGAUCCGCAUUUCCGCACCAUCGAUGGCUUUCAGUCGCUGGUGCAGAAGGAGUGGGUAGCUUUGGAGCAUCCGUUUCAGCGGCGCUUGGGUCAUGUCUAUCCUGCCCAGCCAGCCGGCGGCAAUGCCGAGCUGCUGGACAGCGAACAGAGUCCAGUGUUCCUGCUCUUCCUCGACUGCGUGUGGCAGCUGCUGCAGCAGUUUCCCGACGAGUUCGAAUUCACGCAGACGUACCUGACCACGCUGUGGGACUCGUGCUUCAUGCCCAUCUUCGAUACCUUCCAGUUUGACACGCAGGCCCAGCGCCUGAAGGCGGUGCGCGAUUCGCAGCUCGUCCAGCGUCCCGUUUGGGAUUGGGGCGAACAGUUUUCGGACAAGGACAAGAUGUUCUUCAGCAAUCCGCUGUACCAGCGCCAAAGGGGCGAUCUUGGCGUCCAGGCUGGCGCCGCGGCGCAUCGCCGAUCCCUGGCGGUGGGCAAUAAGGGAACGCAUGGUGCUGGUAGUGGACACACGCCUUCGCGCAACACCAUCAAUCCGCAGCUCUUUCCGACCGCUUCGUCAGUGCCUCAGGAUCGUUACCUGCAGCCGGCCCACCGGAUCUUCGAUCUGCAGGUGUGGGAUCAGUGCUACUACCGCUGGCUGCCCAUUCUGGACAUUCGCGGCGGCGGCCAGCCGCAGGUGGAUCUCUUCCAUCGCCUGCUGCUGAGCAACAUAGCGAAGAUACAGCGCUGCCUGGAGUAUCAGAACUUUGACGAUCUGCCCGAUGCGUUCUACGAGUCCACCGGUGAAUCGCGGCCCAAUCGGCUCAAGGACGAGAAGCCGGACAAGGAGGAUGAGGCCGAGUUCGUGGACGGUGUGGAGCGGCGCAGGAAGACGACAACAAAGGCCGCCACGCCCACCAAUGGACUCACAUCCGUCAACGGCAAUCUGCAGCUAUCGACGCUAUCGUCGUUCUUUCCCUUCGGCAAUCCCAUCGCCGGGGAUGCGCCGCUCCAGCUGUACGAUAUCCUGAGCAGCAGCAGCGAGCUGCUGAUGGAGACCUCCUCCUUCCUGGACAAGUCGUCCAUUGUCUGAUCCACACAACCACACACACACACAACCACACACACUCGUUCCACUUGUUUACUUUCAACGCUGAACUUUCGAAGUAUUACACACAAAAA